CUGCAGCAAGAAAUACGGCAGCGUUUGCACGGGGCUUAAGGGGGGGACUGGGAGACGCUCUGGGCGCCGCACUUUCGUUUGUCCUACAAUUCUGGGUUUUGCACUGAUUUUUUUACUGGAAUUAAUUAAAGAAGAGAAAAAAAGGUGAAAGAGAAAUAAAAUAUGAAAUCGAAAACGAGUCGUGUCUUCUAAAGUGGACCGGACAAUGGAAGUGGCUUCCUGCAGCAGUAUCGGUUCGCCCUUGGGAAACGCAGGAAAUAAGGAAAUCUGCAAAAGCGCGUCGGUGCGCACCGGCCGGCUUCUUGCGAGCGCGCGCGGCUCCGAAGCGACGCAUUGUAUCCCGGAGCGCAUGCCACUGAAUGCGUGAAGAAAGCUAGAUAAAAAAUAAAAAAAAAUAAAAAACACCAUAACAAAACAUUUAUUCAGUAUAACUUCUUUUCGGAUUCGCGCAUUGACUAGGAGGUUGAGAGUUUUAAACCCGGACGCUGAAACUCGGCGUGCACGUGUGGAAACACCGCGGAAUUCACGAGCGCUCGAGUCGUUUUUGCGCGCCGUUAUGGAUUUGCCCGGAGUGAUCGUCUGCAAUUGAGCUGGAUCGCGUCCCGAUACUUCUGAAACACGCGAACUGAAGCAUCGCUGGGUUCCAGCCGACAUCCGCUGGCAGGAUCAUGCUCACCUCGUUUCUAUGGGCUUAAACGCAUCCCCUGGCUUACACCUUUGGAUCUGGUAUCCUAAACGCGAGCAGACACAAUAGCAAUCGAUCAUCAUCAGCAUCACCAUCAGCAGCAGCAUUGCAAUUGAGAAGUCGGUGGGGGAAAAAAGGAAGACCUCAAAGCUGCCACAAUGUGUAGAUUAAGCGCACUCGGGAUUUAUUUAUGGGAAACCGUAGUGUUUUUCAGCUUGGCAGCAUCUCAGCAAGCUGCAGCACGGAAAGCUGCGUCCCCUAUGCCCCCUUCAGAAUUCCUGGACAAACUCAUGGGGAAAGUGUCUGGGUACGACGCAAGAAUCAGACCUAAUUUUAAAGACCCACAAGGCCCCAAAUCGGAUGGUACUCACAAGAAAGGUCCACCCGUGAAUGUAACAUGCAACAUUUUUAUUAACAGUUUUGGAUCCAUUGCUGAAACAACAAUGGAUUACAGGGUGAACAUUUUCCUGAGGCAGCAGUGGAACGACCCGCGACUGGCUUACAGUGAAUACCCUGAUGAUUCCCUCGACCUUGACCCCUCCAUGUUGGACUCCAUUUGGAAGCCAGAUUUGUUCUUUGCCAAUGAGAAGGGUGCCAAUUUCCAUGAGGUUACUACUGACAACAAGCUGUUGAGGAUCUCUAAAAAUGGGAACGUAUUGUAUAGCAUAAGGAUAACGCUGAUUCUGGCUUGUCCCAUGGACCUGAAGAAUUUCCCGAUGGACGUGCAGACUUGUAUAAUGCAGCUGGAGAGCUUCGGCUACACUAUGAACGAUCUGAUAUUUGAGUGGGAUGAAAAAGGUGCUGUGCAGGUGGCUGAUGGACUGACGUUACCCCAGUUUAUCCUGAAGGAGGAGAAAGAUUUACGCUACUGCACCAAACACUACAACACAGGGAAGUUCACGUGCAUCGAGGCUCGCUUCCAUCUGGAGAGGCAGAUGGGCUACUACCUGAUUCAGAUGUACAUCCCCAGUCUGCUUAUCGUCAUCCUGUCCUGGGUGUCCUUCUGGAUCAACAUGGAUGCUGCUCCUGCUCGUGUAGGCCUGGGCAUCACCACGGUGCUCACCAUGACAACCCAGAGUUCCGGCUCCAGAGCCUCUUUGCCAAAGGUCUCCUAUGUAAAGGCCAUUGACAUCUGGAUGGCUGUUUGCCUGCUGUUCGUCUUCUCGGCUCUACUGGAGUAUGCUGCUGUCAACUUCAUUGCUCGCCAGCACAAAGAGCUGCUGCGCUUCCAGAGGAGACGGCGACACCUAAAGGAGGAGGAGGCAGGUGAAGGGCGCUUCAGUUUUGCUGCCUACGGCAUGGGUCCUGCAUGUCUGCAGGCCAAAGAUGGCAUGGCCAUCAAGGGCAACAACAAUGCCCCUGCCUCCAGCAUGCCACCAGAGAAGACCGUGGAAGAGAUGCGCAAGCUCUUCAUCAGCCGCGCCAAACGCAUUGACACGGUGUCGCGGGUCGCCUUCCCACUCGUCUUCCUCAUUUUUAACAUUUUCUACUGGAUCAUUUACAAGAUCAUCCGCAGCGAGGAUGUUCACAAGCAGUAAAUAUUCCCAAGAAAAGGGUGAGAUCCAAGCUGAAAAAGCUGCCGCUGUCGCUACCCCCCCCACCCCUUCCACUCCCCUCUCCCCGUGCCCACCUCCUCCCCUCUGCACUCACUUGCUUUCAGUGCUGAGUCCAUGGCAGAGGUAUUUCUCAUUUCUCGAUAUUCAUUUUCUUUCUUCUGUCCUUUUUCUCCCUGUUCUCCUGAAUUAAUCUGGACCUGUGCAAUAGCAAUGCAGUAAAAUGCAUGAUAUAUGAAUGUGGCAAUAUAUUUACUAAAAAAUUCAAAUAAAAAUAAAAAUGGCAACAUUAAAA